GUCGCACCGCGUCAGAGAUGCAAACAAUGGGCUCUGAACAAUCUGAUUCCUUCGCCGAACCGGAUCUCCAACUUUUGCAAAUACUUGGUCGCCCUUUCCAAGUCGAUUGGCCAGGACAAAGAUGUCACCGCACAAUCAGCAAGGAAUCGCGUGCCCUCGGCAAGGCGACGCCGGCUACACAUACUCUUCAUUCUCAACGACUUGCUCUAUCACGUCAAGUAUCGAAACCGCGAUGACGGCUUUGCCCAGAAGCUAGAGCCCGCAUUGCCUGCUUUGUUCAAGAGCGCUGCCGCCUUCAACAAUUGCCCCAAACACAUUCGAAAACUACGAGACCUGGUCAGCCUGUGGGAAGAGAACCAGUACUUUCUCCAGGGACACAUUCACGAGCUCCGAACAGCAGUGGAAACGCCAGUCGAGGAGGACGCAGCUAAGGACGCCGAGCAGACUGUCGCCUCAGACGCUUCUGCGGCUAAGCUGGCAAAAUCAGCCCCAUUCAUCAUGCCAGCAAUGCACGGAGACCCUUCGGUGCCGUGGUACGACCUUCCUGCAGGCACUUGGCUUCCACAUCUCCAAAAGAACUCGACCAAGUCGAUAAACCCGUCGGUAAUCAAGCCGCUGGAGUUGGUCAAGGGACCAGCGGAACCGAACCUAGUGGAAGCAGUCAAGAGCCUCCUUCUCGAUAUCGACAAGAUCUACUCUAAUGAAGCGGACUUUGGCGAGACGCCACGAGACAUUGGUCAGAUGGGAGAGAUGGUCGAGAUCGACGAAAUCACGGGCGAUAUCAUUGGAGGUGACACCUACUAUGGCUGGUCUCGGCAGUUUUGCAAUAACAUGAAGGCGCGGAAGCGGAACGGUGGGCGACAGAACGAGCGGGAUGAUAGUAGAGGAAGAAGACAGACGCGAUCAUCGCGUUCGUACAGCCGGUCACGCAGUCGAUCUCGCAGUCGUAGUGGACGCCGCCGCGGCCACAGUGUGUCGAGCAGGAGCUCAGAUCGGCCUGCUUUCAAACGCCAGCGAGUCUCGGAAUCACCACGCAGCGGUAGAAGUCGGUCUAGACGUCGACGCAGAGAUGCGAGCAUGAGCAGGAGCAGGAGCGGGAGCAGAAACAGAUCUAGAUCCUACACUGAUCAAUCACGGUCACGAUCAAGAUCAAGAUCACACUCCAGCCGGGGCGCUCGUUCAAGAAGACAUCGCAGCCGGAGUUACUCCCGAUCCCGGUCCAGAUCAAGGUCUCGUUCUCGUUCUCGAUCCCUCUCCAGAUCCCGUAGCCACAGCGGCCGAAGCAGAAGCCCAAUAGGAAGCUUCCCCAAAAGCCCAAGCUACUUCCCACCACCGUCCAGAGAUCGGAUAUCACAACCUGGCCAUCAAGCUUAUCCAAGUCAACCACCGCCGCCACUGCAAACCCAGCCGGUUUAUGCACCGCCCACUGGCAACUUUCCCGGCGGAUAUCUUCCGCCGAACUACCUAGGGGCAGGAUUACCGAUGCCGCUCCCGCCACCGCCGAAUUACACCGGGCCUUGGCCUCCUGCGCCUCCGCCACCGGGUGGUAUACCUCAGGGGUUUUUCUCUGGGAUUCCGCCGCCUCCUCCUCCUCCUCCUCCUCCGGGAAUGGGGAUGGGAUUUCAGGGGGGUUGGGCUGGGAGGGGGGGUCAUGGAGUGCCGCCUCCUCUUUCGCCGCCGACGGGGCCGCAGGAGGGGUAUCAGGGUGGGUGGCAGCAGGGACGUGGGGGAAAUAAUGGGGGGUAUAAUGGUAGGGGUGGUGGGAGGGGAGGUGGUAAUAGGGGGGGCUAUGGACAGAAGAGGUGGUGA